AUGCCUUACAACACGCGCCGGAAAUCCUUGUCUCUGCCGUCGCUAGGCAUUCACUUGCCUAACGCCUCGCGCUCACACAGAUCGCCCUCCGCAUCCAAGGGCUCCUCGGCUUCUAGUGCGACAGACGAGCAGGUUCCGCCGCCCAAGAAAGUCAAGAGGUCGCAUGACUCUACAACCCACUCCAAACAGGCCCAGUCGCAACCACACCUCGCGCGCGCCGCCUACGAGCACACUCCGCCGCCGUCGCCUGGCGAUGUCGCUGCCAUGCCCAAGAUCGACACCGACGGCAUCCACGACGAUGUUGUUGUCGCCGCCAUCCAUCAGCUGGAGAAGACCGGGAACAAACCGCAUCUCGUGCGCGAAUUAGCUGCAGUCUUGAUGAACGUCAACGAAACUGUCGCCAAUUCCGCAAACCCAGCUGCCCUGCUUUCUUCUCGUCUGAGCUCCUACAUGAAGCGCUCGUGGACGGCGCUUUCGCCGUGUCCCAUGGGAAAAGAGCUCAUUAACGUGCACCCGCGCAAGGUUUUCUACUACUUGACCACCUACCCGCAUCAGCCACUGCCCGAGAAUCUGGACGAGAUGGUCGCUGUCGAUGUCAAACAGAUGACGCCCAGCCUCUCCAGUGGUAGCGUUGCCCAGGACGACGACGAUGAUGACGAAGAAGAAGCGAUGGCUCGCGAGCGUUCGCGACUCAGCCCUAGUCCCGAGAUUGAUCUGUCUUCCCCUGAAUUCGAGGAGGAGCAACACGAUCUGAACGGCCAAGACCCGGGAAAUUGUGACGCAUCUACCCCAGGCUUCUCUGACCAACGCGCUCACCGCUUGUCACACAACCAUCGCGCGGCUUCGCCACCCCUGGAGGGUGACGAGCGCGAGUUUACUCAGACCGCCAGCUCUGUUCGCGAACGCGCAUCAUCGGAAAAGGCUAGCCGACAGGGAAGCUUGGACGUCGCCAGCACUUCGGCCAGCAAUGAGUCGCAAGCCCAACAGUCCUUUCCCAUCUCUCCCAUGGACGAAGAUCCCAUGAACGAAAAAGACGAUUAUUUCUCGCAAGGAGCAGCCCAUAAUCAAGAUAACGAUAUGGAAGAUGAAACUGUCGCUGCCCUGUUUGGAACGUCACCGUCACCGUCACUUGCUUCCAUGGUUUCGUCGUCUGGUACGACUGUGUUGUCGGAAGCAGACUCUACCGCGGAUGGUCUCCUGUCGCUAAAAGAGAAAAUAACGGAUAGCCCUCGCGGCGCAACGCCAUCGUCUGUUGUCGAUGGUGACCUUAUUGUCUCUCCGUCUUUAAAACGUCCUUUCGAUAUGGUCGAGACUGGCUUCUCGGUCAAACCCGAUAUGCAGCCCAAGCAGCUGAGAACAUUUGACUUUGACAUGGUCAUUGAUUCUUGGAAUGAUUUGCGCAGCCCUGAAACCGUAGAGGUGGAUGAGCUUGACGAAAUGUUUGGGGACAUCUGA